CUCAGUCAAGUUGUGUAUGUCCUGUGUGCGCUUCACCUUAACGACAAAUCAACGAAAAUCAGCCGAUAAACCGACAGCCAAAAUUUUAAUUUAGCCAAGCACACAUGCGUUCACCCACACACACACACACAAACACCCGCACACUAUACACACUUCUAUAAUCAGUGCAUGGCCAGGCCAGUCUAUGGCGCUUGCAAUCUAAUAAACGUGGCCAAACAAACAAACUGCAUUAACUACCUGCCCCAGAGGCAAUCGACAGACGCCGUUGUGCCGCAACAAACGUCAUAAUAAACACAGAUCCACAGAGAGAGAGAGAAAGAGAGAGAGAGAGAGUGAGCGCAACAGAGGCAUAGAGAGCGACACAGCAGAGUGAGUGAAUGUGAGUGAGAGGGAGAGAGUGGGAGAGCGUGUCAGUCUGACCAUAUGCGUGUGAGUGAUUUCUGACUGUACUUUGGCGCCCAAAUUAUCAAACGGUAUAAUAACGAAACCAAUUAACGCAAACCAAAACCAAUCAAUGAUCUAAACCAAAGAAUUUACAAUUCAAGCGCAAAACUCGUUGAUUCGAUUAGCGUUCAAAUUUUACAUAGUAAAAGCUGCAAACUAAAUUAAAUAAAUCUAAACAAGCAAUUUCGACAGUGAUGUGUUUAUAUAAAAGUCAGUCCUUCCUCCUUGAUUAGACGGCAAUGUAAUAAGCUUCGGUGCUUUGUGAAUUUUUGGUGCAAAAACUAAAUACAAACGCUAAGCAACAGUAUUUUUGCUCAACAUUAAUAUAACACUAAGCAUAAUAUACUAGAAACUCUAUGCAAAAUCUAUCUAGCAGUGAUUAAAUGUUGCAUUUUUAAGUCGAAGGAAAACCAAAAAAAAAAAAAAAAAAAAACAAAAGGAAAACAGAAAGCCACAAGAACGCAGCGAGCUUAAGCCAACAAAAAAAGUAAAUAAAUAAAAAUAAAAAUAAAAAUAAAAAGUAGUACGAUUAGUAAAAGACACCACCAAUUUAAUUUGAAAAGAAACUACAACAAAAAAUAAAUAAAAAAAAAGAAAAGAAGAAAAAAACAAAAACGAUUAGCCAAAAAUCAAAUAGAUGUCCGUGUGCAUUAUAUUUUGAUCGUAUAUGAACAGUAUAUUGUACAUAUAGCAAGUAUAUAUAUCAAAUAUAUAUAUAUAUUUACAACUUUAGCCAUAAAUCGCAGCUAAAAGACAAACAGUUAAAUAACAAGAAUAGAGAAAAUAAAGACCGCCAAUCGGUCAACAUCUCGAAGAUAAUUAACAAUAUAAAAGACAGAGCACAGAGCCGCAUAAUAUAAAGCGAAAGCAAACACAAACACAGAAACAAACACAAAAACAAAACAACAAAUAAUAAUGGAGGACAAUAACACAAGCAGCAGUGCGAGCGGUGCGCCCAUCAAACUGGAGGAUCCAUCGGUGACACUCACAAUAAGGCUGAUUAUGCAAGGAAAGGAAGUUGGUAGUAUUAUUGGUAAAAAGGGUGAAAUUGUCAACAGAUUUCGUGAAGAGUCUGGUGCCAAAAUUAACAUUUCGGAUGGCUCAUGCCCGGAACGCAUUGUAACGGUAUCUGGCACAACAAAUGCAAUCUUCUCGGCAUUUACGCUAAUUACAAAGAAAUUUGAAGAGUGGUGCUCGCAGUUCAAUGAUGUUGGCAAAGUUGGUAAAACUCAAAUACCCAUUCGAUUGAUUGUGCCCGCCAGUCAAUGUGGAUCGUUAAUUGGAAAGAGUGGCUCAAAGAUUAAGGAAAUACGCCAAACCACAGGCUGCUCCAUACAGGUGGCCAGCGAAAUGUUGCCAAACUCCACGGAGCGUGCGGUUACUUUGAGUGGCAGCGCUGAGCAGAUUACCCAAUGCAUCUAUCAGAUAUGUCUUGUCAUGUUGGAGUCCCCGCCACGCGGUGCUACCAUACCGUAUCGACCAAAGCCGCAAGUAACUGGACCAGUUAUCUUGGCCAACGGACAGGCCUUUACCAUACAGGGCAAUUAUGCGGUGCCCACACAAGAGACCUGUCCAGUAUUUCCACUUGCUUUGGCUACCGGUGGUCUACACGCUGGUAUUUCAGGCUUAGCGGAUCCUUUGUUAAAGGGGGCACAUUUACCAGGAGCGGUACCAGCACACCACCAUCACCUACAGCAAAUGCCCGAUGUUGCCAAGAAUCCUUUGGCCAGUUUGGCUGCCUUGGGCCUGGCCGGCAUGACGCCCGCCAGCACCGCUGGCAUAAAUCACACAGCUCUGGCUGCCUUGGCUGGCUCACAGCUGCGUACGGCCAAUGCGAAUCGGGCACAGCAGCAGCAGCAUGAGAUGACAGUUUCGAAUGAUUUGAUUGGCUGCAUCAUCGGCAAGGGCGGCACCAAAAUCGCUGAAAUACGUCAGAUCUCCGGCGCAAUGAUACGCAUCUCCAACUGUGAGGAGCGCGAGGGCGGCAAUACCGAUCGCACCAUAACCAUAAGCGGUAAUCCGGACUCUGUGGCAUUGGCCCAAUACUUAAUCAACAUGAGCGUUGAACUGCAGAAGGCCAAUCUUCAGGAUCAGGCAGCACAGAAUGGCACUGGUGGCCUGGCGGCAGCUGUUGGUGGUGUUGCCGCUGCUGGUGCUGGUGUCGCAACUGCAGCAGCAACGACAACAACAGCAGCAGCGGCGGCAGCAGCAGCAGCAGCAGCAGCAGCAGCAGCCGUUGCUGGCGGUGUCAAUGGCAACAGUUGUUUGUCGCUCAACAACAACAACAGCAAUGGCAACGGCAAUGGCAAUGGCAACGGCACUGCCAGCAGCAACAAUAGCAACAGCUCGGCCAGCAGCAAUGGCAGCAGCAGCGCCUCCAAUUAUGCCACGAAUGGCACACAGAACAGCAACAGCAACAACAACAACAACAGCGCAACUCUGGGCUUGAACACGACAGCGGCAGCAGCAGCUGCCCUAGGCGGCAGCCCAUUGGCCUCCGCCUUGCAGCUGCUGAGCAAACCGGGCGCACUCACCGCCCUCUCCAAUCUCAGCGCUCUGGAUCUGCUCAGCCUCAGCUCGCUGGGCAGCAACGGCAAUAGCACGCCCGGCGGUCCGCCGGUACAGACCACGGGCGUGAACCGGGCCAAGGGUCACUAUGCGACCUCGCGCUUCAGGCAGCAUCAGGCCGAGGCGGGCGUUGAAUCGGAAAAGGCGCGCAACAAGUUUAAUCCCUACUAGGGGUAGGCCAACUAGUCGACCAGCCCGAAAAAGUAGACAGCCCCCAAAUAAGUAAAGGAAUCAUUUGCUAAUUUAGUACGAGUUAGUUGUAGCUUCUUCUAGUUCUUAACACGUUUAUCAUAGCGUUGCGACAGCUUUAGAGUUAAUGGAUUCUCGAAGAAUUUUACUCUAGUAAUACCGAUUUCAAACUAAUGUAAAAAAAUGUGUAAAACUAUUUGCAAUUCGAAGACAAUUUUGAUAUAAGCUAGUUGAGAGCCCCAUUGCAACAGUAUCCAAAUUAGUUCAUAGUUCUGGCAAUAGUGCUUAGAUGUCAUAGAUUGUCAUAUAUUUAUCAAUGUUUUUUGAAAACAAACGAAAAUGGAAAACAAAUAUUAUGCAUAGAAUAGCUGUCACAUAUGACAGCUAUAUACCUUUACUUAUGUAUAAAAAUAUAUAUAUACAUAUAUAUAUUAUAAAUAUACCCAUUUUGGAUCGGAUCAAGCCCUUGAACAAAUUUGUGUAUCGAAUAUAGUAAAGGAAAUGAAACAAGAAACAAAUCAUGAAACUAGCCCCAAGUAUUGUAAUCAAAACUUUGACCAAGUGAAAUGCGUAAUGCUGCGUAAGGACCCUUCUUCUAGUAGAUGUUAUAACUAGUUCUUUGACCCUAUUCCCGUUCUAUAUAUCUAGUUACAUCAAGCAUACGAACGUACAUAAUAGAAUUUGCCAAAUUUUUUAAGCACAUACUUAGACAGAGUUGGUGACAGAGGCCGAGUUAAUAGUUUGUGAAUCGCUGACUAUCGAAUAUCGAUAACAGGUGUAGCAGUAUACAUGCACAUACAUAUAUAUUUUCCAAAACCUUUCCUCUUAUAAUGCACUCACUGUAACAUAUAUCAAAUGUCAUAUAAUCCCCAUAACCCCCUAUAUACAUUCUCCAAUAUAUCUACGAUUAAUUAUUAUUAUUCAUAUUUUCUCUGAUUAUCUAAUUAGCAACUAAGCACUAAUUGUAUUUUACGCUCUAGCUCCUAAGUAUAAAUCUCCCCCGAGAGAAGCAGAAAACUUCUUUAAGAAGUUGUACGAAAAUGAAAAUUCAAAAAAAAAAA